AUGCAGACUGACAAGCCUCCACAGUCCAGAGAGAAACAGGAAGAAGAUGAACGUGGAACAUUUUCCUCUGAGAGUUCAGACACACAAACUGGAGAACUGCAGCUCUUCACACCACUGAAGACGAACAAGCAGAAGAUGAUCUUCUGGAUCCUGCUGCUCUUCAUCCUGACCUCCUCUUCCUCUGGAUCAUUUGUAGUGAAUGUGACACAGAGCUCCUAUCAGGCAGAGGAGAACCACAACAUCACACUGGAAUGGACGUUCACCACCAACACUCAACGCUCCUCAAAAGUAUUUCAUACCCUCUGUCAACUGAUAACUGAUGUCAGAGCCUCAGUCCUGUUUCACAUACAUGAUGGUGUGGAGGUUCCAGAGUCUCAGGAUGAACAGUUUGCAGGACGAGUCCAGUGGGACAAAGACGUCCUCAGAGAAGGACGACUCAGACUUCAUGUGUCCAGACUCAGGACUGCUGACUCGGGUCUGUACCUGUGUGACGUGCUCACAAGAGAUGGGAAGAACUCUAGACAAUGUCACCUCAAUGUCACUGCAGAGAGGGAUCGGCCUGAACCUGAGACACAAAGCGCAACAAAUCUGACAAGAGAUCCUUCACAACCAGAGAGUCGAGCACAACCAGAGAGUCGGGGAUGGAUCGUCCUCUACUGUGUACUGGGACUGACAGCAGCUGUACUGGUUUUGUAAUAAUUAAAACGGUUGUCUGUCAUGUCAGCCCUGCGAUAGUCUGACGACCUGCCUUUGUUUAAAAACAAAAAGAAAAAACUUGAUGAUUGCAAAUAUGUUUUUAUAACAUAUCUGUGAAUAUGUACUUUUAUACUUCAUGUUUUAUCAGUGUGUUUCCAUCAAUGGGUCACAGAUCUAUAUUGAAAGCAGUUUCUUUAAUGGCCACUAGAUUCACACUGGAAAUAAAUAUGUGAUUAAAAAAAAAAGUCCCAAACAAACAAGAGUGACACGUGUCAUAUCACAUAUCAUUGUUUACAUUUUUAGUUUAUUCAUUUUAUACUAUGAACCUUUUUUGUAUUGAUAAAUGUUU